AUGGACCAAGUCAACCUCCAAGGCCACGGCCAGCAGAAGAUGCGCCAGGCUCCCGCCGCACCCCGUCGCUAUGACGGACAGGGCGGCAAUCCGUUGUACGAUCCGGCCAAUGGCGGUCAUUACGGCGCCUCUGCAUUUGCGCUGAUUAUUUUGGUCCAGAUUGCCUCGCAAGGUCACGCUCCCGACCCACAGCUCUUCACCGGCUCGUGGCAAAAUGUCAACCAGGGGCUUUCGGGCAACUACCGUGAUAUCCUGAACACGUACUGGCAGCAGCAAGUCACCAAGCUCGAAACGGACGAGCACGACUACAAGCUUCACCAGCUUCCGCUGGCGCGCAUCAAGAAGGUCAUGAAGGCUGAUCCGGAAGUGAAAAUGAUUUCGGCCGAAGCCCCCAUUCUGUUUGCAAAAGGCUGUGACAUCUUCAUUACAGAGCUCACCAUGCGUGCCUGGAUCCAUGCAGAGGAGAAUAAACGCCGCACUCUGCAGCGGUCCGACAUUGCUUCAGCAUUGUCCAAGUCGGACAUGUUUGACUUUCUCAUCGACAUUGUCCCUAGAGAGGAAGCCCAUCCUCACAAGAGAAGUGCUGGGCAAAACGCGACCGUUCAGUCGUCGGCAGCAGUCGUGCCCCCUGGCGGUAUGCCUCAACCUGUGCACGCCCAACAUCAAAUGGGGCCGCCCACAGACUACGGCAUGGGACAACACAUGCCCCAACAAGAAGACUUUCGCCAGCCCACUAUGUACCCAGGACCUGUACAGGGUGACCCGGGCGCGUAUGGUCAACAGCAGAUGUUCGAUCCCAAUGUGAAUGUUUAUGGAGCUUAUCCAAUGGCACAGCAGCCACAGAUGUACCCCGUUGGACAGCGAGGCCCUGAUCCUAAUGCUGGGGACCCUCAAGGCGGGUAUCGUCAUGAAGAGGCUGAUGCUGAUGCCGAGGGUGAGCGCGAGGACUUUGGCCCCUAG